GCCGCGCGCGCGUGCGCCCUGAGAGCAAAUCGGGCUACCGAAAGGCCAGUCCUGGGCUGCGGGCGGGACCCUGGCUUGUCGGCUAGUGGAUGGUAAUCGCGCGAAUUGGAAGAUACUCUGUUAAAAACUAGAAUGAAACAGUUGCCUGCAGCAACAGUUCGCCUCCUUUCAAGUUCCCAGAUAAUCACUUCAGUGGUCAGUGUUGUAAAAGAGCUCAUUGAAAACUCCUUGGAUGCUGGUGCCACAAGCAUAGAUGUUAAACUGGAGAAUUAUGGAUUUGAUAAAAUUGAGGUGCGAGACAAUGGUGAAGGUAUCAAGGCCAUUGAUGCACCUGUAAUGGCAAUGAAGUACUACACCUCAAAAAUAAAUAGUCAUGAAGAUCUUGAAAAUUUGACAACUUACGGUUUUCGUGGAGAAGCCUUGGGAUCAAUUUGUUGUAUAGCAGAGGUUUUAAUUACAACCAGGACAGCUACUGAUAAUUUUAGCACCCAGUAUGUUUUAGAUGGCAGUGGCCACAUAAUUUCUCAAAAACCUUCACAUCUUGGACAAGGUACAACUGUAGCUGUUUUAAGAUUGUUUAAGAAUCUACCUGUAAGAAAGCAAUUUUAUUCAACUGCUAAAAAAUGUAAGGAUGAAAUAAAAAAGGUCCACGAUCUCCUUAUAAGCUAUGGUAUACUUAAACCUGACUUAAGGAUUCUUUUUAUACAUAACAAGGCAGUUAUUUGGCAGAAAACUAGAGUAUCAGAUCAUAGGAUGGCUCUAAUGUCUGUUCUGGGGACUGCUGUUAUGAGCAAUAUGGAAUUCUUUCAGUACCACUCCGAAGAAUCUCAGAUUUACCUAAGUGGAUUUCUUCCAAAGCACGAUGCAGACCACUCUUUCACAAGUCUUUCAACCCCAGAAAAGAGUUUCAUCUUUAUAAACAGUCGACCAAUACACCAAAAAGACAUCUUAAAGUUAAUCCGACGUUAUUAUAGUCUGAAGUGCCUAAAGGAAUCUACUCGUUUGUAUCCCAUUUUCUUUCUGAAAAUUGAUGUUCCUACAGCUGAUGUGGAUGUAAAUUUAACACCAGAUAAAAGUCAAGUAUUGUUACAGAAUAAGGACUCUGUUUUAACUGCUCUUGAAAAUCUGAUGACGACUUGUUAUGGAUCACUACCUAGUACAAAUUCUAAUGAAAAUAAUAAAACAGAUGUUUCCUCAGCUGACAUGGUUGUUAGUAAAACAGCAGAAACAGAUGUGCUUUUUAAUAAGAUGGAAUCAUCUGGCAAUAAUCAUCCAAAUGUUGAUACUUCAAGCAUUCCUUUCCAAGAUGAUGCGCAUAAUGAUGAAUCUGGAAAAAACACUAAUUAUUGUUUAAAUUGUCAUAUACCUGUUGGUGACCAUUCCGAUGAUUAUUUUAGUCAUGAAAAUUCUAACAUUGAUAAGAACACUAGAAAUACAUUUCAGGGGAUCCCAGUGAAUAAUUUAUCAUGUGAGUGCACCCAGAAGGAAUACAAUGAAACUUGUUUUGUAGGUUGUAUUAAGCAUGCCCAAUCAGAAAAUGGCAAAAAAGAGCAUGUAGGGGAGAGUGGGAAAAAUGAGGAAGAAGCAGUUCCUGAUAAGUCUUUGGAAAUUUGUGCAGAUGACUGGAGCAAGGGAAAUGCACUUAAAAAUUCAAUAGGAGAAAACAUUGAACCUGUGGAAAUUUUAGUGCCUCAAGAAAGUUCAGCGUGUAAAGCAAGUAAUAAUAAUAAUAACCUAAGCCCUGAACAAAAGAAUCUUAGUGAAGGUUCCUGUAACAAAAAAUCAAAUGUGGUAGAUAACAAGUCUGGACAACUUACAGCUUAUGAUUUAAUUAGCAAUCACGUAAUCAAGAAACCAAUGUCAGCAAGUGACCUUUUUGUUCAAGAUCAUCGUGUUCAGUUUCUCACAGAAAAUUCUAAGACCAGUUUGGAGGAUGCAAUGGUACAAAUUGAAGAGCUGUGGAAGACAUUGAGUGAAGAGGAAAAACUGAAAUAUGAAGAGAGGGCUGCUAAAGACUUGGAACGAUACAAUCGGCAAAUCAAGAGAGCCAUUGAACAAGAGUCACAAAUAUCAUUAAAAGAUGGCAGAAAAAAGAUAAAAGCCACCAGCUCAUGGAAUUUGGCACAGAAGCACAAGUUGAAAACUUCAUUAUCUAAUCAGCCAAAACUUGAAGAACUCUUUCAGUCUCAAAUUGAAAAAAAAAAGAACCAAAAUAAAAUAGUUCAAAUUCCCUUUUCUAUGGAAAACUUGAAAAAAAAUUUUGAGAAACAUAAGGAAGUUGAACUAGAAAACAAGGAUGAACUCUGCUUGAUUCAUAAUCUCAAGUUUCCUGAUGCAUGGCUAAUUACAUCCAAAACAGAGAUAAUGUUAUUAAAUCCAUAUAGAGUGGAAGAAGCCUUGCUAUUUAAAAGACUUCUUGAGAAUCAUCAACUUCCUGCACAGCCACUGGAAAAGCCAAUUAUAUUAACAGAGAGGGAGAAGCAGUGCGUCUGUCUAGACAGUUACCCAUGUACUUACCAAAGGAGGACAUCCAAGACAUUAUCUACAGAAUGAAACACCAAUUUGGAAAUGAAAUUAAAGGGUGUGUUCAUGGUCGCCCAUUUUUUCAUCAUUUAAUCCAUCUUCCAGAAGCUACAUGAUUAAAUAUGUUUAAGAAAUUUAGUUACUGUUGAAAUUUAUUAGGUCAUAAAAUAGUAUGAGUCAGUUUUUAAACCAUCUUUGUACUAUCAUGUGUUAAAUGGUUAUUUUAUAAGUGAAGAUUCACUGGCUUGUUUGUAUAUUGAAAAAAAAUUUCAAAAACUGUAGAAAAUUUAAAUAAACUAAUACAGACUAUUUAUUGUAUCCUCAAGAACCAGCCUUUAUAAUAUUAUUGGUUGAAAACAUCAAAUUAGAUGAUACCUGACAGUAUUGGGUGGUUGAUUUACUAGGUGCUUUGGACUGAAUUGUGUCCUCAAAAUUCAUAUGUUGAAGCCCUAACAUCCAGUGUGACGGUAUUUGAAGAUGGGGCCUUUGGAAGGUAAUUAGAUUUAGAUGAAGCCAUGAGGGUGGUACCAUCCUGGUGGCAUUAGCAGCCUUAUAAGAAGAUACAGCAGAGUUUGCUAGCUCUCCUCUUGUCCCACAAACCCCCUCCCACCCCCACAUAUCAGGAUAUAGAGAGAAGGUGACCCUCUAUGAUCCAGGAAGACAGUCCUCACCAGAAACCAGCUGUGCUGGCACCUUGAUCUUGGACUUCUGGCCUCUAGAACCAUGAGAAAAUAAAUAUCUGUUGUUUAAGCCACCAGUCUACAGUAUUUUGUUAUGGACGUCUGAGCUGACUAGUACACUGGAUCAGUCACUAGUCCUGUGCAGGGAUAAAUCACACAGACUCAGCUGGCAUGUUUGACAAGUUGUCAGUCCUUGUUUAAAGUAAGGUGAUGAGACAGGAAGUGGGAGAAAGUGAGAAAAUGAAGUUCAGAGGAAGAAGAAACAACUUUGCAAGUCCUGCCAUUUACCUCUAUUUGGCGGGAGGUAACAGUUUAGAAGUUGUUGUCUCAUGGA